AUGACUCAACAACCGGCACAAAAUGUCAUGCGAAGGAAGUUGGUUAUAAUUGGAGAUGGUGCUUGUGGUAAAACUUCUCUACUCAGUGUGUUUACACUUGGCUACUUCCCAACGGUUCCAACCGUUUUCGAAAAUUAUGUGACGGAUUGCAGAGUUGACGGAAAAUCCGUACAAUUGGCAUUAUGGGAUACAGCGGGACAAGAAGAUUAUGAGAGAUUACGACCACUGGCAUAUUCCAAAGCCCAUGUUAUUUUAAUAGGAUUUUCAAUCGACACUCCAGAUUCAUUGGAUAACGUCAAACACAAAUGGGUCGAAGAAGCAAACGAGCGAUGUCCAGGCGUUCCCAUUAUACUCGUUGGGUUGAAAAAGGACUUGCGAGAAGAUCCUGUGGCUAGAGAGGAGAUGCGAAAGAAGUCCCUUGACUUCGUGGGGACGAAAGAGGCAGAUGAUAUUGCAAAGGCUAUCGGUGCAAGGAAAUACUUGGAAUGCUCGUCUUUGACUGGAGAUGGAGUUGACGAUGUUUUUGAAGCAGCCACACGAGCCGCCCUCUUAACAUUUGAAAAAGGGGAAAGUACUGGAUGUUGCGUUAUACUGUAA